CUGACCGCGCUGAGGGAACCUCCCCCCGCGGCUCCUUAGCCACUCGUUGCGCCCACUGCGCUCGGAGGCGCGGGGUGACUGACUAUACCGCAGACCCGAGCUCGAGCCGUGCGGACCGAGGGACGUGACGUGUCGCACAAGCUUAAGGCAAGCGUUCCCACUAGGCACAGCUCAAACCCUACCCCGCCUUCUGCGCCAGACACGCUUCGCGUUUCCUACGGCUUUCCGUAGUCCCGCUGAGUCUCGCGAGACCGUGGCAGCCCGCCGCAAAGAACGCUUCCGGGAGGUUACCGUGGCGCGGCCGAGUCUUUCGGUUUGCAGGAGCGCGGGCUCGGGAGCCGGAUUCCGGCGGGCUGGCCAUGGACCGCGAUUUGCUGCGACAGUCCCUGGGCUGUCACGGCCCGGCAUUGCUGUCGCUGCUGCGGAGCGAGCAGCAAGACAACCCGCACUUCCGGAGCCUCCUAGGCACGGCGGCCGAGCCCGCCCGCGGGGCGGCACCUCCUCAGGGAGCUGGCAGGAAAGAGAAGAGAGUUGACAACAUAGAAAUACAAAAAUUCAUCUCCAAAAAAGCAGACCUGCUUUUUGCACUGUCUUGGAAAUCAGAUGCGCCUACGUCCUCUGAAGUGCAUGACGACAAUGACAAUCAUUAUGCGGUCAUGCCACCAUUAGAGCAGUUCAUGGAGAUCCCAGGCUUGGACCGGAGGGAGCUGUUUUUCCGAGAUAUUGAACGUGGUGAUAUAGUGAUUGGAAGAAUCAGCUCUAUUCGAGAGUUCGGUUUUUUCAUGGUGUUGAUCUGUUUGGGAAGUGGCAUCAUGAGGGACAUAUCUCACUUAGAGAUCACAGCUCUUUGUCCCUUAAGAGAUGUGCCUUCUCACAGUAACCAUGGAGAUCCUUUAUCGUAUUACCAAACUGGUGACAUAAUUCGAGCUGGAAUCAAGGAUAUUGACAGAUACCAUGAAAAGCUUGCAGUAUCUCUGUACAGCUCAUCUCUUCCACCACACCUAUCUGACAUUAAACUAGGUGUGAUUACUUCUGAAGAGCUACCUUUGUACUACAGGAGGAGUGUUGAACUAAAUAGUAAUUCUUUGGAGUCCUAUGAAAAUAUCAUGCAGAGUUCUCUGGGAUUUGUUAAUCCAGGAGUAGUUGAAUUCCUUCUAGAGAAACUAGGAAUAGAUGAAUCUCAUCCACCAUCAUUAAUGAGAGGCCUACAAAGCAAAAAUUUCUCUGAAGAUGAUUUUGCUUUGGCUUUAAGAAAGAAGCAGUCAGCAUCUUGGGCUUUAAAAUGUGUGAAGAUUGGGGUCGAUUAUUUUAAGGUUGGACGACAUGUGGAUGCUAUGAACGAAUACAAUAAAGCUCUGGAAAUAGACAAACAAAAUGUGGAAGCUCUGGUAGCUCGUGGAGCAUUGUAUGCAACAAAAGGAAGUUUGAACAAAGCAAUAGAAGAUUUUGAGCUAGCAUUAGAAAACUGCCCAACUCACAGGAAUGCAAGAAAAUACCUCUGCCAGACUCUUGUAGAAAGGGGAGGGCAGUUAGAAGAAGAAGAAAAGUUUUUAAAUGCUGAAAGUUACUAUAAGAAAGCUCUGGCUUUGGAUGAGACUUUUAAAGACGCAGAGGAUGCUUUGCAGAAACUUCAUAAGUAUAUGCAGAAAUCUUUGGAAUUAAGAGAAAAACAAGCUGAAAAGGAAGAAAAGCAGAAAACAAAGAAAAUAGAAACAAGUGCAGAAAAGUUGCGUAAGCUCUUAAAAGAGGAGAAAAGGCUAAAGAAGAAAAGAAGAAAAUCAUCAUCUUCCUCUUCAAGUGUUUCUUCUGCUGAUGAAUCCGUUUCUUCUUCCUCAUCUUCUUCCUCUUCUAGUCACAAACGGCAUAAGAAAAGUAAGAGGAAUCGCUCAGAGUCUUCUCGCAGUUCAAAGAGGCACUGGUCUAAGACAUCUUUGAGUCACAUAGAUCAGAAUAGGAAAGAUGACUGCUACCCAGUUCCAACUAAUACUUCAGCAUCUUUCCUUAAUCAAAAACAAGAAGUGGAGAAACUGCUGGAAAAACAGGAUAGGUUACAGUGUCCAAGCACACAGGUAAAAGAGAAAGAGCGAUGCCUUCUCACAUCUUCAGCUGAAGUGCCAGAUGACUUGGGAGGUAGGUCUGAAGACACACGAGAUUUCUACAAUAGCUAUAAAACCCACGCAGGUAGUAGCAAAACUGAAAAGCCAUAUAAAUCAGAAAAAUAUUUCUCCAAUAGGAGAAAUUCCUUGGAUUCCUUCUGUAGGAAUUCAGAGGACAAGAUGAAAGCAUCUAGUUACAGGAGAUGUGAAAAGGACUCAGAGGGAAGAAAAGACCACUCUAGAAGGUGGGAGCCGGGGUCUGUGAAGUACUCUGCUUCACCAGCAAGUUCAGACUACUCUUGGAAGUCACUUGAAAAACACAAAAAAUACACUUACUCUGGAUCACGUGACAGUAGACAUGAGGCAAGAUAUCAGUUAAAUACAAGUCAAGGAGAACGUGCGUAUGACAAGGACAGCUGUGGGGAGGGGGACAGAGCCGAGGCUCCAGAAGAGACCCUGACUAGCAGAGAGCAGCCAGAAAGCAGAGUGAAGAAAAAUUUACCUCAGAAUUUACUCAAUAUAUUCAAUCAGAUAGCAGAAUUUGAGAAAGAAAAAGGAAAUAAGCCAAAAAAAUAAUUUGCUUAGAAAAUUUUCACUAAGUUUUUAGAAGUUUGGGGAUGCUUUAAUCUAACAAACGGUUCUGGAUCUAAAAUUGUACCAAAUUACAAGAAGUUUCUCAGUUUCAGUUAUCAGUCCUCGCCAUAGUCAGUGAUGCAGGAGUGUGGGUCUGUGCAGAUGUAACUCAUUCUGGCAGUCUAAGCUUUUCUCCUAAAGCUAUUUCUGAGCACUUUGUUUCUUCAUGUUUGGGGUUUGUGAGAACCCUGUGCCUAUCAUAUUUCGCUGUUGGAGAGAAAUACGUUUACGUUGAAGAGUUGGAUUGUUUUAUCAAAAAGUACUUCAUUCUCUUUUGUUAAAAAGCCCUUAGCUUCUGAGGGGAAAUAUUUUAUGGCUAAAUGUCUCAACGGUACUAUUUUAAGUCAUUUGUUUUAAGCAUUAAAAUUUUUGCACCAUUUCAUUUUUAAGUGAUAAAUUAUGACUUGAUUUACCUCUAACACCUGAUAUAAAUGGUUUGUGAAAAUUGUUUUUUUCCCAGCUUUAACAAAAUACCUUAAGAAUAAGACCAUGAAAGUUGGUUAAUCAGAGCCUGCUUUACUUAUUUCUCCAUUAUUAUUUUUACUUAAUGGUUAUGUUCAUAAGAAAAAUUUUAACUUUAAGUAUUUACAAAAUUCUUAGGGAAUUAUAGACAAGACAGAUGAGAAUAGGAAAUAACUGCUAGUAAAAAUAGCAGCAGAGAAGCACCCUGUGAAUCUGGUCGCCUUCUGUCUUAACCUCGCAAAUGCUUGGGAAGUCAGUAGGCAUGUUUCUAAAUAGUGGAGGGCUGGCUUGAAGUUCCCUCUUCUUCUACUCUAUUACCUUCUCUGUUGAUGUCUUUUCUCUGAAUCAUAGCGAAGGACAGAAUCAGUUCUAGGCCUCUGCAAUGGCUCAGUAGAUAAAAGACUAUCCAAACUGAUGACCUGAGUACAGUCCUAAGACUCAAGGCCUAGGGAGAGAACUGACUCCCAGUGCGUGUCCUCUGACAGCCAUACACAAACACAGUACACACAAACAGCUAACGAAGGAAUCUUAGACUGCCAGAGAACAUCUCUGAAUUACUAAAAAUUGAAUAGUGGACUCUUGGGAGAUAUUAGUAGGUAUCAUAGCUGUUGUACUUAUGAUGCUCUUCAAUUAACCUUCUAGAAAGUGUAAAUAAGCACCAGGUGGCAGUGAUUACACGCCUUUAAUCCCAGCUCUCAGGAGACAGAGACAGGCGGAUCUCAGAGUUCAAUCAAGGUCAGCCUGGUCUACAAGAGCAGAGUUACUUCCAGGACAGGCACCAAAGCUACACAGGAAAAAAAAGAAAAAGUAAAUGGCAAUGAGAUUUUAAUCUCUUCUUGGUCAUUGGAUAGGAUCCACAACUGUAGAUGGUAGUUUCUGUCCUGCCCAAUCCUGCAGCCAUUCAGUCCCAAAGAAGCACACAGAGUCUUACAUUAAUUAUAAACUGUGUAUCUUAUUGCCCAGGCUUAUUACUUCUAGCUUUUAUAACUUAAAAUUAUCCCAUAAUUCUUACACGUGUUUAGCCAUGUAGUUUGGUACCUUUUCUCAAGCAUUCUCAUCGUGCUUCUUCUGCUUCUGGAUGUCUCGCCUAUACUUCCUGCCUGGCCAAUCAGAGUUUUAUUAAUCCAAUAUGAGAGACAAAUCUUUACAGUGUACAAGAGUAUUAUCCACAGCACACCACAGACAUAACAUGAGGAAGAUGAGGGAGUGGCAGGAAAAGAGGACUAAUUGCAUGUUUGUUUAUACCAGUAAAAUACUAAAACUUUAGUAAUGAUAUAUACUAUUUGUACCAAAUUAUAGUGAUAGAAAACUACUGUAAAAACACAAUAGGAAAAACCUUGAUUAAGAACAAUAAAUAAUGGCAGCAGAAAUUGGAGAAUCACUUCAAUGUUAGUUUCUGUACCAAGGAACUCAUUAUCACUAUUAUUGGGCAGGGAAAACAGUGAGCGUGUGUGCUACAUAUGUGGAGAUGGGAGGACAACUUGAGGGAGUCAGUUCUCUUCUACCUCAUGGGUCCCAGGAGUCACACUUGGGCUCGACAGACAGUACUCUAUCCACAGAGCCAUUUUGACAGCCCAGCCCCGAGGAACUCUUAGGCGUGCUCAAUGUAGUAAUCAUUCCAGUUUUAGUCCUAUCUAGUCCUCCAUAGUGGGAGUUUGUUGUUGUUAAAAAGUAGAAACACCUCCCUGCACGCUACUUUAUCUUUGAGAAUUCCUAGUACACCUUAUACUCUUACACAUAAUAUCUUACUUAACCCUUAGGAGAGUGCCUUGUGGAGUAGGCUGUCAGAAUUUGGAAACUACAGGCUUCCUAAUAGGAUUACAUCUUUCUUAAUAGGAAUAGACAUACUAAUUUAAGCAGUCUGCACUAAUCUAAGCAUCCAGUUCCUUGGGUUAUUUAAGGAGUCAUCACAGGAAAAAAUAUUGCGGAUUUUAAUUGAUCCUCAGUGGUGGCUUCAGUAGUUUCUUCCACAUUACUAUGUCCAUAGUGUAUAUUUACCCCGGUUAGCUUUGUCCUGUGACUUCUGGGUGUUCAGAUAACUCCAGAUCUGUAAACAGGUUGAUCCUUUGUCUUGCCAUUUAGCAUUAUUAUAUGCGGUUUUAGUAAUAUAAAUGUGGAUGCUGGGCAUUGCAGACUAGGGGCUAGAAGUAACUCCAUAGGUAGAAAUUAACUACUUAAAGUACAAUUACUAUGCUUCAAAGCCAGUAUGUUUUGCUUAUAUCUUAUGUUACUUCAAUAAGACCUGAUAAGUUAACCAUCCUUGUAUUACAAGGAAAAAAGCAUAGAAAAGUAAGCCUCCUAGUAAGAAACAAAACCCUUGCCUUCAUAUAACACCAAAUUUAAUGUUUUAAGUUCCUAAUAACUUACAAAGUAAUAUAUGACUGAGAAUCCCAAUAUUGGUAAACAAAAUGAUGAUGGAUUAAACGUCAUACGCUUUUGGCAGCAUUCAACUAUAAAGUGCCCACAAUUUUCUUUGCCAUUUCAGUUAUUAGACUUAACUAUACCUUCCUGUUCUGAAUUAAAAGCGAUCAUCAGUAGAAACAGAUUUACUAACACUACUGCUUUUUCAGUAGUAACUGAGUAGUGGGUCUAAGACAAUCACUCUUGUAAUGAGUAUUUUUCCCAAGGUUUAAAGAUAUGCUCCUUUAUCUACCUGAAUGCUAAUGUAUUUAAAUCUAGCUUUAUAGUAGUAGUUCACACUCUCAUCCAAAAAGUUCAAAGUGCUGGAAAAACUAAUUUUAAAUAUAAUAUGCAAUAUCUACCUCCAUUGUAAAUUUAAUAUGUUCAGUUUUUUCAAGAUCAGAAUAGAGACAGCAACUUAUGUAUACAUAUAUAGGGAUAAGUAUAUAUGGACACACACAUAUAUACAUAUACAAUGCUUUUCCUACCGAGGGAGUAUAAAUGUUAAUGAUGCUGUCUUUCGUUACAAAUUAAAACCACCACCACCACCCUCCACCCCAACCCCCCCCCCCCCCCCGCAAUAAAAGGCCUUUAACAGGUAGGUGUGUGUUACCCUCGGGAAAAAGAAUAGGGGAAUAUUGUUGUUGUUUGCUUUUUGUUUUUAAUUUUAAAAAGUAAUUUUGUGAUUUAGAGUAAAUGAAAAUUUCCUUAUUGAGAUAUGCAGUGACUCUUUAGAAGUGUAUUCCUGAAAGAAUCUUACUUCAUAUAUGUGUGACUUCAUAAAACAUCUAACACUAUAGACAUCAGUGUUCUAGUAAAAAAAAAAAAAAAAAAACUGAUUUCCCUCUGCCUAAUCACGUGUGGCCUGCCUAAGGUUCUGCAGUUUCCUUCUCUAUGAGGGGGGAGGGGGCUCCUUUGUCUGGUCUGCAGUACUUCCAAUACUAUUUUAGUAGGCCUAUAUCGUUAAUAAAUGGAACCCCAGAAAAAGGAAGACUUAAUGAGAUUUUCAUUUGUGUUCAAAAUUUGUACAAGAGAUUAAAAAAAAUCAUUUGCUGGGCUUUUUUCCUUUUGGAGUACUUGAAUUACUGCCAUUACUAGCUGAUCUAGAACUACUGCUUCCUGUUGGAGAUUCUGGGAAGCUGAGCUGUAAUACUUUAACUGAAGGUGGAGAAACAGGAGAAAUUGUGUCCUCAAGCGACCUAAAACAAGAAAGGAUUUACUGUAAACUUAAUGCAAAAUGUACUUUUAAAAGAUCUAAUUGGCAAAAAAGUAUCAUAAUUCCAUAAGUAAAGAACAAGAAAAACCAUUAAUGUUAAUAAAAUUUAAAAGUAUGACCAUUCUUUCAAAAGAAGAAAUGAACAUAGUUUAAUUAAAUAGUUCAAUAGUUUCUGUGAGCAAGUUAUUUUCAACCGUAAUCAGUUUCUAAACGUAAAAAGUUUCAGUACAGAAAAUUUAAUAUGUAAUAGUAAAUAAUUUGGUUCUAAAAUAAUGUUUUAUAAAAAAGUACAGAAAAUUUAAUAUGUAAUAGUAAAUAUAUUGAGUGGCUUAAAAUAUGUAGAAGCAGGUUAUUAAACUUAAAAUACUGUCUUUGAGGAUGCUUUGUUUAGUUUUCAUGAAAGUUUCACAGACUAAUAAAAACUAGUAAAUAGCUGUCAACUGUAGGAGAUUAGAAAUCCUAAAAUUAGCUAAAAGUCAACAAAGACUUAGUGUCCAUGAUUUAUCCCACUAAUUUUUGGGUUGCAUUAAGCUAAGUAAGACAACCACAAAUAAAAGCUGAUUACAUAGGAUUUCACAUGAGCAGCUCUGAUUACAAAACUGUGCGUCUAACUUGCCCUUUUACAGUUUCAGAAGAUUUAAAUUUUCUCAGAAUUUGCCCAAAAUGUUAGCUAUAUCACCUCAAUUUUCACCCACCCUCAUUCCCCUAAAAUAGCUUACUAGUUACAAUGAGUAUGCCUGCAAGGUUGGCAGGUGCAGGAGUCUUGCUAGGCUGUGCUUGCAUAGUGAGGUUGCUGAGGUGAGGAGAGUGAGCAGCAUGCUGGUCAGCAGCAGCCCUGAGAGUUGAGCCCCCCCCCCCCACUUGAGUAAGCUUGCCCUUACCUGAUUGACCGCAGGGAAGACUGUGAAGAGGAUCUGGAGCUUGGGCCUUUAACUGUGGGUAGUUCUAACCCAUUCUGGAAGAAUAUCAUAUUGUAAUAAUAAACUAUCAUUAGUCCUGCAACAUUGUAGACGAAAACUAAUCAGAUACACAGACAUAUGCUCUAUUACCUGCUCAAAGUAUGUUUGAAGGAUAAUGUGCAUCUCAGCAUUUUCCAUGGCAUUGACUAACAUUUGGUCAAUGUCCUUGUGAAACUGUUUAAUCUCACGGAGUUGAAUGUCUUGCUCUUCUAGCGUUUCGUCAUUCGUCUCUUUCACAAUGCGGAUUUCUCUUUUGAGUCUUCCACACUGUUAAUAAUAACAGUCAAAUAUUAAACCUAAAUUCCACCAAGUUCAGGGAAGGGGGAUGAGUGCAUUUGGUACAUGACAGAAGUGAAUGCUAGGGACAGCUCUAAGAAACUACCUGCUUAGUCACGCGUUCUAAUUUCGGCUGCUGCUCCUCAGUCUCUUUGCGCAGUUGAAGGGAAUGAGUUUGUUUCUCUGAUAAUUUCUCUUUGAUAUUAUUUGCUAAGUGUUCUAUGACUUCAAAAGUAUUUUCCAUACUCUGUAGAAAACAAAAUAUCAACACAUUCAUGAUCAGAAUAAAAAAGACUAAAUUGCCAAUUGCCAGAUGGUCCCUCAAUUUUAAUUAUUGUAUCUGCUUAUAUAUAUACAUAUAUAUACUAUGUUUAGAGUAUUAAUGGAUAAGAAGUCUAAUGACACUGUUAGUUUUGAAUAUAAUUCCACUUGGAACUUUUUAUAGAACUGGAAAAAAUAGAAACAGUUACUUGAAAUUAUCCAGAGAUGCAUGCUGUGUGUCAUCUGUUCCCUUAGUUAGGGCCUACUUACUGAAGCAUGUUCUUCAGUCUUUGAGAGGUUUGUUCUAGUAUCUACUGUCACUAGAUUUUCUGUUUUAAAUUUUGUUUUUUAAAUCUUAUUGUGCUCUUUAAGUGAUUCAGUAAGGUCACUUAGUAAUGGUUAGUGAAUAAGUCAUAAUUGUCUAGAUGUGGUUGAUAACUAAUAAAGUUAUUGGCACCCAGCAAUAGGAUUUUAACUGAUUUACUUAAAUGUUUCCUUAACUUGUUUUUAAGUGAGGUGUAUGUUUCUUAUGGUCUGCUUCCCUGAAGAUGCUUUUCAUACAGGAUUGAGUAGUAAUGAUGGCAGUUGCCCUUUACUUAUGGCUAAUUACUAAAAAAACUACAGAAUUCA